CCAGCCACGACAACCAGUGAUUGAAACCGUGUCUUUUUCGUUACGCGGUGAAAGGUUGCGUUUGUCCGCACUUUUCCCGGCGGUUAAACGGGGGUAAGAGUAAGCGGUUCGCCCGCAACAUAUAGAGCAGUUAACACAUAGACAACAAGAUCGGAAAAACAAAACUGGGAUCUGUUGCGUUGCGUUCCGCCGUAACCAAAGCGGAACAUACCUCAAUCCAUCUUGUGAUUAUUUCCUCUGCUUUCUGGCCAGGAAAAGACUGUUGGAUUGGUUUCGAGCAGACGGGCUUCUUCUCAACGGGUUAGUUUAUGCUGGUGUGAUCUAAAAAGUUUCCAUCUACUAUUUAUUUACAUAUACAUAUAUGCGCGGAGGUCAGAAUUUAUAUGUAUAAAAAACGACGAAUUCCAUCUUGCUGGUUGACUGUACCAAUUCUAAAGUUAGUUUCCAGACGCAGAGUAAACAAACACGGUUUGCAAGCAGCUUUCCGAAGAAAGACUUGUCUGUCUGUCCGUGAAAGUUUCCACGUACAGACAUUCUUUAAUCAUUCGGAGUUUUGAGGAGAAAGGGUUUGUUUUGAAGCCAAAGGAACGGGGGUUGUUUCUUGUUGAUGCACUGAAUGAAGAGCAACGUCCCAUGUGCGGCUUUCACUCUUCCUGACAGAAACAGCCCUCCAGCCCUAAGGAAGUUUCUCCGUGGUGCAUCUUUUCUUCCGGUGCAAGCAUUCCUUCACCACCCAGUUUUAAGUUUACAAGCCGACCGAUUGGAAGUCUCUCGUCCUGAGGCGUGACUCACACUGAGCAAGUCAAAAUGGCUAACAACACUGCAGACCACCCACAGGGGAACUCGGUCGCUGAGGUUGACCACGAUGGGGACUUCGGCUGCACGAUGGUGCAGCUCCGUGAUCUGAUGGAGCUCCGAAGUAGUGAGGCAGUUGGCAAGAUUGCAGAAUGCUACGGAGACGUGCAAGGGAUUUGCCGCAGGCUCAAGACUUCACCAAUUGAGGGACUCUCUGAAAACACUACUGACUUGGAAAAACGCCAUGCAGCAUUCGGUAAAAACUUCAUCCCACCCAAGAAGCCCAAGACCUUUCUGCAGCUGGUAUGGGAAGCGCUACAGGAUGUCACCCUCAUUAUUCUGGAGGUGGCAGCCAUUAUUUCCCUGGGCCUGUCCUUCUACCACCCAACAGGGGAAAGCAGCGACAACUGUGGCCAAGCAUCUGGAGGUGUGGAGGAUGAGGGUGAGGCUCAGGCAGGCUGGAUCGAAGGGGCUGCCAUCUUAUUCUCGGUCAUUAUCGUGGUGCUGGUGACCGCCUUCAAUGACUGGAGUAAAGAAAAGCAGUUCCGAGGGCUGCAGAGCCGCAUCGAGCAGGAACAGAAGUUCACAGUCAUCCGUCAGGGUCAGGUCAUCCAGAUCCCUGUAGCUGAAAUCGUCGUGGGAGAUAUUGCACAAAUCAAAUACGGUGACCUUCUCCCAGCUGAUGGUAUCUUGAUCCAGGGUAAUGACCUAAAGAUUGAUGAAAGCUCUCUGACUGGGGAGUCUGACCAUGUCCGCAAAUCUCUGGAGAAGGACCCCAUGCUCCUUUCUGGAACUCAUGUGAUGGAGGGAUCUGGCAGAAUGGUGGUCACUGCUGUGGGCAUGAACUCUCAGACUGGAAUUAUUGUCACCCUCUUGGGUGCCACCGGUGAGGAUGAGGAGAAGAAGGUGAAGAAAGGUAAAAAACAAGGACCCCCUGAAAAUCGCAACAAAGCUAAGACCCAGGAUGGCAUCGCCCUGGAGAUCCAACCACUGAAAAGUGAGGAAGGAGCAGAGUCAGAAGAGAAAGAAGAAAAGGAGAAAAAGAAGGUGAACGUCACCAAGAAGGAGAAGUCGGUCCUGCAGGGCAAGCUGACCAGGCUAGCAGUACAGAUUGGAAAAGCAGGUCUCAUCAUGUCUGCGGUGACCGUCAUCAUCCUGAUCCUUUACUUCGUUAUUGAUACGUUCGGCGUGCAGGGGCGCGAGUGGACGGCCGAGUGCACGCCCAUUUACAUCCAGUACUUUGUAAAGUUUUUUAUUAUUGGUGUGACGGUGCUGGUGGUGGCAGUGCCGGAGGGACUCCCUCUAGCUGUCACCAUCUCCUUGGCCUAUUCUGUAAAGAAAAUGAUGAAGGACAAUAACCUCGUGAGGCACCUGGAUGCUUGUGAAACCAUGGGUAAUGCCACCGCGAUCUGUUCCGAUAAAACUGGAACACUUACGAUGAAUCGCAUGAAAGUGGUGCAGGCUUAUAUUGGUGACAAAUACUAUAAGAAUGUUCCAGAACCUGAGGCCAUUAAUCCAGAGACUCUGGAGAUAUUAGUCAACAGCAUCUCCAUAAACUCAGCAUACACUACCAAGAUCCUGCCGCCAGAGAAGGAAGGAGGUCUGCCAAAGCAUGUGGGCAAUAAGACUGAGUGUUCCCUUCUGGGUUUGGUGCUGGACCUGAAGAGAGACUAUCAGCCUGUUCGGGAUGAGGUUCCUGAGGAGAAACUUUAUAAGGUUUACACGUUCAACUCCUCCCGGAAAAGCAUGAGCACUGUGUUGAAGAACGCAACUGGUCCUGGGUUCCGAAUGUACAGCAAGGGCGCCUCUGAGAUUGUCCUGCGCAAGUGUUCCCAUAUUCUUGAUGCCUCAGGCAAGCUGCGUGCCUUCAAGGCCAAGGAUCGGGAUGACAUGGUACAGAAAGUGAUCGAGCCAAUGGCCUGUGACGGGUUAAGGACCAUUUGCAUAGCCAUGCGAGACUUUACAACAGAGCCAGAUUGGGACAACGAAGCUGAGAUUCUGAAUGACCUGACCUGCAUCUGCGUUGUGGGCAUUGAAGACCCUGUCCGUCACGAGGUUCCUGAAGCUAUCGCUAAAUGCCAGCGAGCAGGCAUUACCGUCCGUAUGGUCACUGGAGACAACAUCAACACAGCCCGUGCCAUCGCCACCAAGUGUGGAAUCCUGCAGCCUGGAGAGGACUUCUUGUGUCUGGAGGGCAAAGACUUCAACCAGCAGAUUCGUAAUGACAAAGGAGAAGUGGAGCAAGAGCGUCUUGACAAGGUCUGGCCCAAACUGCGUGUUCUGGCCCGUUCCUCCCCAACAGACAAACACACUCUGGUCAAAGGCAUCAUUGACAGCACAGUUGGAGAGACGAGACAGGUGGUGGCUGUGACUGGAGAUGGAACCAAUGACGGUCCUGCUCUUAAAAAAGCAGAUGUUGGCUUCGCUAUGGGAAUUGCUGGCACAGAUGUUGCAAAGGAGGCCUCUGACAUCAUCCUUACAGAUGACAACUUCACCAGUAUUGUCAAAGCCGUGAUGUGGGGACGUAAUGUCUAUGACAGCAUCUCCAAGUUUCUGCAGUUUCAACUGACUGUCAAUGUGGUGGCUGUAAUCGUUGCCUUCACUGGGGCAUGCAUCACACAGGACUCUCCUCUUAAAGCUGUUCAGAUGUUGUGGGUAAAUCUGAUUAUGGACACACUGGCUUCCUUGGCUCUGGCAACGGAACCUCCGACAGAAUCACUCCUACUGCGAAAACCUUACGGCCGGAACAAACCACUAAUUUCCAGGACUAUGAUGAAGAACAUCUUAGGUCAUGCCGUUUACCAACUUGUCAUCACAUUUACUCUUCUCUUUGCUGGUGAGAAGUUGUUCAACAUUGAUAGCGGCCGUAACUCCCCACUCCACUCCCCACCAUCUGAGCACUACACCAUCAUCUUCAACGUCUUCGUUAUGAUGCAGCUCUUCAAUGAGAUCAAUGCCCGCAAGAUCCACGGUGAGAGGAACGUGUUUGAGGGAAUCUAUCGGAACCCCAUAUUCUGCAGUGUUGUUCUGGGAACCUUUGUUCUGCAGAUUGUUAUUGUGCAGUUUGGAGGGAAGCCAUUCUCCUGCACAGCCCUCACCAUCGAUCAGUGGCUCUGGUGUGUGUUCAUAGGGGUUGGCGAGCUGCUCUGGGGUCAGCUUAUAUCUGCCAUUCCCACACACCACCUCAAGUUCCUGAAGGAGGCCGGUCACGGCAUCCCCAAGGGUGAGUUUCCAGAGGAGGAGCUAACCGAGGGUGCGGAUGAGAUUGACCAUGGUGAGAUGGAGCUGCGUAGGGGACAGAUUCUGUGGUUCAGAGGACUUAACCGCAUCCAGACCCAGAUGGAUGUGGUUUAUACAUUCCAGACGGGCCAAACGACGGUGCCUGGGGCCCUGCGUCGCCAGCCCUCUGUGAUCAGCCAGCACAAUGAUGCAAAAACUGUUUCUAGCCCCACCCAUAUUAAGGUGGUGAAUGCAUUCCGUAGCUCCCUGUACGAGGGCCUAGAGAAGCCAGAAUCCAGAAGCUCCAUCCAUAACUUCAUGUCCCACCCUGAGUUUUUACCCCUCUCAGAGGAGGAACCCCGUGUCUCCCCGAUCGAUGUGAACUCUGUACAGAUCGAGCCCAUCUCCUCUUCCGGCACUGGGGUUGGCUCCGUCUGACCACCCUUCAUUCUCCAGUCCAGAUGUCAUUGCCCUAAAACCUUUCUUUACCUGUGCACCGGACACCACAACUACUCCGGUGGACUGCAGAGAGCCCUGCUGAUGCACAUCUGAGAGACAGCACCUCCAGUGGCCGAUGAGGCAACCACAAUACUUUUCCUCUCUUUCCGGGCAUCCUCCAUCUUCCCUGCCUCCCCUACCCCUCUGCCCCUCUCGACUUGCACUGUGUUGGAGGAAGCAGCGCUCUGUAAGUACAUGUGGCUGUGCUGCAGCCCAUGUGAUGUGUGGCCUAACUCACACACUAGAGGGUGAUGCUGCGGCAAAAAUUUUCUCAUUUUUAUAUUGUCAUGUCUCUGGUCUUGUGUAAUGCUGUAGUCGUGUUUGUUUUUUGUUCCAGGACUCUCAUUUACAUAGUUUGGGUUAUUGCUGAUACAGCCACAUGUGUUCAUGAUGAAGUGCAUGUUCUGUUUGGAUAUUCAUUUAGAUUUUUGUUUUUUUAAUUAUUAUUAUUUUUAAUGGUUUGAAAAACAUGGCAGUGAAGAUACCCAUGUUACUAAUUUUUUAAAAUGGUUUUAUGUUCUAAUGGACAGUUUUAAGUAGUUCACACACACUACAUUCUUGUCAUUGUUUCAGACAUUGUCACAUAAGAUACUGUUAGGUUAAUUUUGGGUGUUCUGUCACUUUAUAUGUACAGAUGUAAGGCUGCUAUAGUUAAAGUUAGCAGAAUAAAAGACGCUAUAACCUAUUUGAUUGCCAUGAGUUAAGAAUACCUGAUUGGCUCUUGAGGGGGCAGGGAGGGUCAUCCUACAUCAUCUCGUCAAAUCAAACCCAACGGGCAUCUCUAGUCUCUUGUUAGUUCAUUUAAUAAUCUGCCUUAAAACAAAGUUCCAGUGAAUACCCCGGCUUAUUGACCAAGUACUUUAUCAAAGUUACAGCGCAUCACCAUUGCGUGCAUGUAUCUGUCUUUAUCUGUGGCUGGUUGUAUGGGAAUGGGAAUUGUAAUGCUUAUCUUUAUGGGCUAACAACUAACGAGUAUAAUUUCUCUUUUCUUUUUACAUCUUUCAGAGAAAAAAAAUACAAUAGAAGUUAUUCUAAUGUAUUUGUGUACUUUAAAACAAAACCUAUUGAGUCUUUUUCACUUGUUUAUCAGCUGUGCAGUUAGGUAUUCUGUUUGUUAUCUAACAUCAGGCUGGGCUCCACACAGGCUCCUAGAGGUUGGUCAGUUACGAAGGCGGCACUGGUAGCUCCAAAAUCCCAUCCCUAAACAGCCUAGAAGUGCAAGGCACGUAGUCAACAUGCUUUUCCUAUUAAAAUGAAAGACAAAGAAAACACAAUAACACACCUUUGAUGCAGUAUGGAGCCUCUGUUGGACCCUGUGAGCACUCUGUUCGGCCCAGAGUGUGGCCUCAACGGCAUGUGCUUUUGAUUAGCUGAACCAUACUACUGCCAUAGCCCAGCGUUCCGCACAUACAAUCUAGGUUAAAUAGAUUCCUCAAGUAACACCUUUUCUACUUGCACAGAGCCAUAUUUUAUAGAUUGUUCUUUUAUAUCCCAUUGUUUUUGCAAUUUAUUUUGUAUCUCCAAACAAAUUCAAGAACACAGAGAGUCACUGCCCAAAGAAAAAACCUAGAUGGACCACUUUAAUGUUUACGGAAGGGUUCCACAGCAGUUGGCUAUUGCUGCGCUUCCCCCUACUGGCAGUUUUUAUUAUUUCGCUUAAGUGGAACAUGGUGUGUUAUUGUGGGGAAGCAUGCAUGAAUUUCAUAUAAAUAUCAAUGUUUUGUUCCUUUUUUACAAUUGUUCUGUAUUUUUAUAUUAAGUACUUUUUAAUAUUUUGGAAAAAUAUAAAUAUAGGUGUAUAGGCCAGAAAGUUUGGUAACUUGACAAAUUAGCAAAAUAAGCGGUUAGAGUACAUAUUGCAGUUAUAUAUAAAUAUAUAUAAAUAAAUAUUUAUGCCAUGUUUGUAACCACAUGGGGUGUCAGAUUUGAUGUCUGAGCUGAGAACGUUAUGUGUUUACUGCAAGUCAAGGGGCUGGUCAAAUUCUUAAGAAGAGUGAGCAUUUAUUGGCCCAUCAGCCAUAGAUAGAUGUCCUUAUGUGCUGGCCAUGGUAAAGUCUUUACAAUCUAUUGUUAUGUCACCUAACUGAAUUCCUAUGUGGUUACACAGACUAAUUCAUGAGACUACAAUGGGAAAUAUUAAUUCAAACUGAAGAUAGUUUUGAAGAUACAAAUAUACUGUCUUCAAACUCAACUAUAUUAAUACAACAUCGUAAUUUAUUUUCUGUGAGAGACAUAUGUAUAAUCCAUUGGAAAAUAGAAGGCUAUGUAAGAGGUAAAACCUGUUUCUCCCCUGAUAAUGGCUACAAUUAACUACAAUUUGUCAUGUUUUAUGAAAGUGCAAAGUAUGUAUCUGACUUCUUGUGGAUGCAGUCAGUGGUUUUCAUGUAGAGCUUUUAAAGAAUUUGCCAAAGUGUUGUUUUGUACAAUCAGUUCUGACUUACGUUAAAGAUUGUUAAAAAUCCACAAUGUUUGAUUGUCAUUGAAUUAACCUAAUUGGACUGUAUCUAUAUUCAGGUCCCUUCACUUUUGUUCCUUCAUUGUUUGGGCAAACAGAAAUUUACACUGCUGUACAUGAUGUGUACAUAAAAAACAAACAAAAGGGGGAUUGUUCAAAGCCAUUGUCUUUAUUUGAUUUUAUUCUAUUUUAUCUGUUGUUCCCCUCUUAACUUUCAUAGCUCUGUAGAACAAUUUGUGUUACUGCACACGUUUUUCUCUUGCAUUGUUUAAAUAGAGAAUUGCUUCAAGGUGUUGUGCACCUUUACUACUCAACGGAAGUUGUCUGAUAGAUCUUGUUUGGUUGGGAUGAGAGGAAUGAUAUACCAUGGCUGUAAAUAAAGUUUGUGUUCUAAAACUGGAAAAUAACAGAUUAAGUUAUAACCACUUAUUUUGCAUAUAUCAUCUGGUGUUGAGUGAAUUCAAAAUUGUAUUUUAUUGCAAGGGGGAGGAAAAAACAUUCAAUGAAACAUAACAUUUCUGUAAUUCAUACGAAACACAGUAAUAUACACUGGUGUUAUUUUUGUAUAAACAAUAUCAUCUAUGUGGCAUGCAUUACUUAUAAACAAAUUGGUGAUUCAAAGCAAUAUGUACAACCUGGUGCGAUUGGUAUUUAGUGUCCUGUGUAGCUUAAACCAUGCUGUACUUGGGGAAAAACUGCAUUGAAAAAAAAAGCGUAAUUGUUUAAUAUAUGUGUUCAGUGUUCUGCAUGAUUACAUAUGGAAUGAGGCGUCCCCAAAAUGUUUACGUGUUUCCAGAAUGAAUGUGACACCCGAACACAUGCGCAUACGCAUACACACACACUCACACUCACAUACAUUCUUACUUUAUAGACUCUGCAGGGGAAGCACACACUGAUUUGAUGCUGUUUCAGGUUCGUACUAAAAGAAUGUUCUAUACUAAAGAUGAAAAAAUCAUCUAAUUUCUUGUCUAGACUUCAUGAGAGAGCACUUCUCCAUUAAAUUGCCUAAUUACUACGAGUGGGAAUUGGGGAAUGACUACUAGAGUAUGUGCUUGAAAAUAUUCCAGACUUAUUUUACCAGUUGCGAUACUUUAUAGCCAGAUGCUGUGGCUGUUGACUGAACUGUCUAAUUGCAGAGUGUAUGAGCUUUGAUGUUUCAUCACCUUAUUGUGUGGGUACCAUCUCCAUCCAGACAGCACCCUAUCAUCCAUGCAUGAUCCAUCAAAGAUGAAAGGCUAGUGCAGCCCUUUUUUCACAAGUGGAAAAGCAGCUAGCUGAAGGAAUUGCAUUUUCAAGGUAGGCAAAGUUGUACUUGAGUCCCCAUCUCACUUUCCUCAAAUGCACUGAUUCCCUUUACUCCUAAUUAUGCCAUUUCUGUCCUCCCUUUCCUCUAAAUGAGGGCUUUGAGAGAGAGAGAGAGAGAGAGAACAUUGUUUCAAAAACUUUGUUUUAUUGAUUCAAAAGUUAAGCAGUUAUUUACAUUAGCCAAUAACAUGUGCAGUCCUCUUUUAAUCAAAUCCAAAAAUGCAGCCAUCAUUGUAGUCAUUGACUUGGAUUCAUUUGUUGCUUUAAUUUCAUGCAUGUGGAAUGGAUUUUAGCCAAACAACAUUACCGUCUCUUCCUGAUGGUAACAGUGGUUAUCUGUUUACAGUCAUUGCCAUGGCAGAACUAUUUAGAGACAGAAAUGUAGUGUUUUGUGCUUUAUAAACAUGCUGUCUCUGUGAUCACAGAAGUGCCAAUGGACUACAUAGAAAACCUACACCACUGUGUCUGUUUUGACCCUAACCCUAACUUUGGUUCUUAGUAAUCGAUUAAUCUUUUAACAAGAAACUGUCUUUAAUGAUUGGUUUUUGAAAAAGUGUGGCAGCCUUAAUUGAUUAAAUUGAUCGAAGUUUUGACUAGUGAACCGUAAAGGCAGCAUACUGAUGCUUUGUGUCCCAGUUUCCUCUCUGUUUACAGUCCAGCUGUAUCUUAUUGAGAAAACUUGCUCACCUAGUGUAAUGUUGUUUUAAGGGCUAUAAGGUGACAGUAGGGGAAUACACUGUUACAAAAUCUGUUAUGUCUUAUAAUGAGUAAAUUAUAUGUGAUCGAUGUUCUAUUGGAGAGAAGUGUGCCCCUAUUUGGUUAAUUUUUUCCAUCAUUAAAGGUGCACUCAGUAAUUUCUUUCUCAUUAAAAACGUUUUACUACUUAAAAUAAAAAUAAAAAUAAAAAUAAUGAAUAGUAAUUUUGACACGUCUAAAAUCAUGAGCACUCACAUGAGGUGAAGACUCCAGUCAUAUCAGUAACCUUAUAAAAGCUUUUUAAAUCUACAUGGAGAGGGUCUCCUCAUGGGGGCAGCCAUGUUAGGAUCACAUGACCAGCCAAACACUACUCGCAUAAUCUCAGUAACUGCCCUGGUAUUGUUCACUUUCACUCAUGGAUUAAUUAUGGCUGACUGUGAAUAGUGAGUUUCAACAAUGGCAUCUGUAACUGAAAACUUUUGUGUUUGAAUAAUGCUGCAGGUUUCAGUGUAAAUUCAGUAAGAUUCAUUAAAAAAAUUACUGAGUGCACCUUUAAAUUAUGAGUUAACAGCACUCCAUGGUGAAUUCAUUUGAAGUUGACAGCUGUAUCAAACUUAAUAUUGCAGUGAUUGGAAGAAUCACAAGCAUAGCUAAAUUACCAUGAGAUAUUUUAUUAAUUGUGCACUGGAGUGAAUAGUCAAACAUGUUUUGGAUUCCGACAGCAACGUAUGUGUGUUAGAAGAGAACAUGUGACCUAGCUCUGACAGUGUCUGCAGUCAGUGUGUUUUAAUUGGCAAAAAAAAAAAAAAAAAAAAAAGGUACGCAUUUUGUUAAGCCCUUCCUGUAUUUAGCUUUUAUAGAGUCAUUAUCAUGCUGAAAUGUCAGUCCUGCUUGCUUCGAACUAUGCAACAGAUUCACAGGAUUAAAAUAAGAUGAAUUAUUUAUUAUUCUCUCAGCUGUCAUAACAAUGCUCUCUCUCUCUCUCUCUCUGUCUUUCUCUGUGUGCUUUCUUUUGUCAAAGUGAAAUCAGUCAUGCUCAUAUUUAAUUACUUUAUAUAAUGCAAGUGUAUUAUCUAUGUAAUGUAUGUGUGUGAUGUGCACACAUUCAAGUUUUCUUUACUUUUUUGUAAUAUAUGAUCAUGUGGAAUGCCUUGUUCUUUAUGUCCUGUCGUUUAAAUUUAACAGAACAAAAAUGAGAGAAAAAAAAUGAUAAUCAAGCAAUUGAAGUCAAAGUUGUUAUAUAAACAAUAUAUACACACAUAUAUAUACAAAUCUAUAUAUAUAAAUAAAGCCAUUAGAAUUUGA